AUGCCCAACCAGCCAGAGCAAGGGGAAGCUGAGAGUGGGAGUCAUGGCUGUGACAGCCCUGGGCGCUGCCAGAGCCAGGCAAACUCUGCUGGGCAGAUGCUGGAAGUGCGCCCGGGGCUGUACCUGGGCAGAGCAGUGGCUGUGGCAGAGCCGGACCACCUGAGGAAGGUGGGCAUCAUGGCAGUGCUGACGGUGGACUCAGAAGAGCCUGACUUCAGGGCGGCAGUUGGGGUCAAGGGUCUACAAAGCCUCUUCAUGCCAGCGCUGGACAAGCCCGAGACCGACUUGCUCAGCCAUCUGGACAGGUGUGUGGCCUUCAUUGGCCAGGCCCGUGCCAAGGGCCAUCCAGUGUUGGUGCACGGUCUCUUUUUCAGUCAUGCAGGAGUCAGUCCAAGUGUGGCUAAAAUAACUGCUUUUAUGAUGAAGACUGACCAACUUACCUUUGAAAAAGCCUAUGAAAACCUCCAGACUAUGACGCCAGAGGCUAAGAUGAAUGAAGGGUUUGAGUGGCAAUUGAAAUUAUACCAGGCAAUGAAAUACGAGGUUGAUACCUCUAGUGCAAUUUAUAAGCAAUAUCGUUUACAAAAGGUUACAGAUAAGUAUCCAGAAUUGCAGAACUUACCUCAAGAUCUGUUUGCCGUUGACCCAACCACCCUUUCACAAGGAUUGAAAGAUGAGGUUCUCUACAAAUGUAGAAAUUUAGGGAGUCAGGCUCAAUGUACAUCUUAUUUCAUUGAACAUGUACAGUGGAUGGAAUCUACUUUGUUGGGAGUAAUGGAUGAACAGCUUCUUUGCCCCAAAUGCAAUGCCAAGUUGGUUUCUUUCAAUUGGUAUGUUAAACAGUGCUCAUGUGGUAGGUGGAUAACACCUGCUUUUCAAAUACGUAAGAAUAGAGUGGAUGAAAUGAAAAUGCUGCUGGUUUUGGUAUCACAAGUAAGAAAAAUAUGA